AUGUCCGCCGAAAAACGUCCUGCCGAUGGAGAUCCCAGCUCUUCUCAGUCGCUCGUGAAGCGACAAAAUGUCAACUCUUCUACAGGCGCUCUUGCGCGUCUGAACGCGUCAAGCAAUGCGCUGGUGCAAUCUGCACCUAGAACAAGCGGGCUUCAAGCUCCUGUUAUGGAACUGUCAGGACACUCAGGCGAGAUUUUUGCAGCAAAGUUCGAUCCUACAGGCAACCUGAUUGCUUCUGGUGGAAUGGACAGAUCUCUAAUGCUUUGGAGAACCUAUGGCGAUUGCGAAAACUACGGAAUACUAAAUGGUCACCGCGGUGCGAUUCUCGACUUACAAUGGUCACGCGACUCGGAAAUUCUAUAUAGUGCAUCGGCUGACAUGCAUCUUGCGAGCUGGGAUUUGACGUCAGGCACACGAAUCCGCAGAUAUGUCGGGCACGAGGAGGUUAUCAACACGGUGGGCAUCAGCAGACGAGGAGAGGAGAUACUUGUCAGUGGUAGCGACGACUCGACAAUCGGAAUCUGGGACCCCCGAUCGAAGAACGCCGUCGACUAUAUCCAGACCGAGUUCCCCAUUACCGCCAUUGCUGUAUCCGAGGCCGGUAACGAGAUAUACGCAGGCGGCAUCGACAACGAUAUUCGAGUUUGGGACUUGCGAAAGAAGUCGGUGAUAUACUCAAUGCUCGGCCAUUCAGACACCAUCACCUCGUUGAGGGUGUCGCCGGAUUCUCAGUCACUUGUCUCAUACGCCAUGGACUCUACGGUUCGAACAUGGGAUAUCCGACCUUUUGCACCAACAGAACGACACAUCCGAACCUUUGACGGCGCGACGGUGGGCAUGGAGAAGAACCUUCUCGGAGCAAGCUGGGACUCAGAAGGCAAGAGAAUUGCAGCAGCAUCAGGAGAUGGAACAGUCAUGGUCUGGUCAAGCGAGACAGGCAAGCUCGCUUACAAGCUGCCCGGUCACAAGGGCACAGUCAACUGCGCAGAGUUCUCGCCAAACAAGGAGCCUAUUCUACUUUCUGCAUCGUCAGACCGCACAAUGCUUCUCGGCGAGUUGAAAUGA